GGAGGAGCAAGUGACAGAAGUGGCAGGAGAGAAAUAGUAUCAGAAUGACAGGCAGAAAUACAGAACAAUCACAGCAUGGUGAGUUUUGAUAGUUAUAAUUCAUGCUACAGUGGAAACCCUUCUUCAACACUAUACCCUGAAGCAAAGAAAUGAAUAUCUCCAGAGUGACAGCUCUACCAAGAGAAACACAUCCUCUCAUAAAGUGUAUAGUUGACAACAACUUCGAGACACUCAUAAAAUUACUAAAUAACAAAAACAUUAAUGGACUUUACCCAUGCAAAGAGUGGAAUGACAAUAUUACCCCACUCAUUGCGGCUGUUUUAUAUAACAACUGGAAUAUUUUUAUUUACCUUUUGCACCAGGGUGCAGAUCAAAACAGUGCUUCCCAAAAUGACUUAACACCUUUGCAUUAUGUCUCACUAUCCAACGCACCACUUUUCUUUGUGGUUAAACUGCUUGAAGCAAAAGCUAAUCCAGAUGGAUGGAAUGCUGUUGGACUACAGCGGUUCACACCUCUUCAAACUGCUGCCAUCCAUGACAGGGACGAUGUCAUGAAAGAGCUCAUCUCUGCUGGUGCACUGGUAACAUUGUUACCAAUCACUGAUACUGAACAUAUGAUUCACAAUAAAAAAAUAUCUUUGAUGAUUCAUAACCUUGCAUUGAAAGGAGAUGAAUUAUGCUCCAAAGUCAAAUAUUUCCUGGAUAUGGAACUUGCUCUACAAGGGAAACCAUCUGAAGAAGUGUUCAAGACCUUUGAUCUUCACAUGCUGCAGGAGCAUCCUCAGAACUAUUUGACCAUAAUUGAAACACUUUUUAAUGUAACUGGGCCAGAUGCAGACAAAUUUCGCAGGAGAAGUAUUAAAUGGCUGAAGAACACUGAAAAUGUGAACACCUACAUUGCAGGAGCAGUCAGUCGCCUUCCAAACAUCCCUGCAAUACAUGUAAAGAAGGCCAUUGAUAGUUUACAUGCAGUUAUCUGCACAAUAGAAGACAUACCAAAUGAGCAAGCUCUAGCUAUAACCCCCCAACUACUGGACUGGCUUUGCUCAGAGGUAAGGCCUGAUAUAUGGGAAGCUGUUGUANNAAAGACACAGACGGCUGGGAUCCCGAUUUGGUUGAGAAGUUGUGCAAAACAGUUGCUCCUUUUGUAA